CAGCUGAAGGCCCGUCUGGAGAAAGAUCUGACCGCCGUGAGCGCCGGCCUGAAGCCCUACGCCGAGGAGCUGGUGGCACGCCUCCAGAAGCAGGUGGAGGAGCUGAGGAGGGAGGCGACCCCCUACGCUGAGGCCAUGGACCCAGAGGCCCUGAAGGCCGUGCUGCUGCAGAAGAGCCAGGAGCUGAAGGGCCAGCUGGACGUGAGCGUGCAGCAGCUGCAGGCCCAGAUGGUUCCCUACACCCAGGAGAUGAAGCAGAAGAUGGAGCAGAGUCUGGAGGAGUUUCAGACCAGCAUGAUCCCCCUGACCCAGAACUUCCAGACCCAGCUGACGCAGAAGACCCAGGAGCUCCAGCAGAACCUGGCUCCAUACGGAGAGGAGCUGAAGGACAAGCUGGACACCGACGUCCAGAACCUGAAGAAGCAGCUGGCUGCUCUGUGGGAGUCCUUCACUCAGCUGACCCAGUAA